AUGGGGCAGGGGGUCUCGGAAGGUGGGGAGGGGUCGCCAUUGCAGGUGCAGGUGCAGGUGCAGGUGAGGGAGGGCCGGGCCCUGGCGGCCCUGGGAUGGUGGGAGCUGCUCCGGGGCCUGCUGGUGUUUGCCCUCUGCUCCCACCCCCGGCUGCAGCGGGACCCCGAGGCGUUCCUGCGGGCGUCCCGCCGGGUUCUGGGUCCCCACCUAUGGCGGGCCCUUCUCUCCGUGUCCCUUUGGGGACAGUUUGCGGUCGGCCGGAGCCCGGCGGCCGUGCAGGAACUGGCCCAGCGGCUCCGGGCUCGUGGCCUGCGCCCCAUGCUGGCCCUGCCCAUCGAGGGUGAGGGACCCGAUGGCGAGGGCGAGGCCUGGUUUGAGCAGAACUGUGGGGCGGCCCUGCAAUGUGUGGGGCUGGCGGCCGCCUCGGGCCCCGAGCCCGCCAUGCAGCUGAAGGUGACGGCGCUGCUGAGCCAGCGGCUCUGCGAGAAACUCUCGCUCCGAUUGGUCAAGCCGGAAGGGGCGGGGCUUAACCCAGAAGAGGUGGCGGCCAUGUUGGGUGGCCAGGUGCCGGAGCUCACCUGGCUCAGCCUGGCCGAGAACGAACACCUGGGGAGGGGCCUGAGGAGGCUGGAGGAGGUGGCACAGGCCGCCGUGGCCCGGGGCGUGCAGGUGCUGGUGGACGCCGAGAUGUCUCACCUGAACCCCGCCCUCACCUGCCUCACCUGGGGGCUGAUGUGGAGGCACAACCGGGCGGGGCCCCGCGCCUGGAUCUGGAACACCUGGCAGGCCUACCUGAGGGACACCGAGGCUCACCUGGGCGCUCACCUGGCCCAGGUGGGCGUGGCCGGGCUCAGGUGCGGGGUGAAGUUGGUGCGCGGGGCUUACCUGGAGCAGGAGCAGGGGCGGGCCCGGGCCCGGGGCUGCCCCUCCCCCACCUGGGACACACCUGAGGAGACCUCGGCCAGCUACGAGCGCUGCCUGCGGCUCCUGGUGGCCGCGCUGGCCCGGCCGGGCUCGCGCCUCUCGCUCAUGGUGGCCACGCACAACGAGGGCUCGGCGCUGGCCGCGCUGCGCCGGCUCUCCCGGCUCCCCCCCGGCUCCGUUUGCUUCGGGCAACUGCAGGGGAUGGGCGAGCACCUGAGCCUGGCGCUGGGUGCGGGGGGGUUCCCCGUGUACAAGUCGGUGCCGCUGGGCCCCCCCGAGGUGACGAUCCCGUACCUGGCGCGGCGAGCGGCCGAAAACCGCGGGGCCCUGGGCGGGGCCAGGCGCGAGCGGGAGCUGCUGUGGGCGGAGCUUCGGCGCAGGCUCCGCCCCUGGGCGUGAAUCCCGAAAUUUCCCCCCAAAAAUCCCGAGAUUUCCAUCAAAAGAAAUUAAAAAAAAAACACCCCGGAAAUUGCAUUAAAAACGCACAAA